AAAUCGCUUUCUUCUACCUUUGCCCAUCUAUUUGUUCAGAGCCUGGUCGAGACCAAUCUCUUUCUUCUUCUUCAUCGUGGCUAGUCUCUCUUUGCUUAAUAGCCGUUGGAUCUGUUGACUUCUGAUUGUCCCUUAGGCUUUCUUUCGCCACACUCCAGCCCUUCCCUUUGAUCCGAUUCUUCAUUGGUGGGGUUUUCUCCUAAGAUUUAGAUUUUAAGAAUUUGACGACACUUAUCUUGAUAUUCUUCAAUAACUUUUGGCUCCAAUACAUUUACAUCAAAUUCUAGGAAAUUUUCAUAUUCUUAGAAUUUUCCUGCCAAUUUAGGGUUUAUAGGACGAAGAAGAAAUUAGGGUUUUUUUCGUCCUCUUUUUAGUGCGUGGAUAUGCUGGGGGCGGGAUUACACUUUGGACAUAGCCGAGGAGAUGAUCGGUCUUACAAUCCGGUGAAAGCGCGGAAGAUUAAUCGAGAGCAAAUUCGUAGAGCUCAGAGUGAUAUAAGUGGGGUCCUGAAAGAGGAGAAAUCGGUAACCUGGACGAGUAAGGAAUCGGACGAAUCCCGGAAGCCCAAUGCUGCGCCGGGAGACGAACCGAUGUUGUCGAAGUCGAGUAAUCUUGAGCGGUUUUUGGAAUCUGUUAUCCCAACUGUUCCUGCUCAGUAUUUGUCCAAGACAAUGAGGGGGUGGCGGACAUGUGAUGUAGAAUUCCAACCUUACUUUGAGCUUGGUGAUUUAUGGGAGUCUUUUAAAGAGUGGAGUGCUUAUGGUGCAGGAGUGCCUUUGGUUUUGAAUGACAGUGAUUGUGUUGUUCAGUACUAUGUCCCUUACUUGUCGGGUAUUCAAAUAUAUGGCAACUCCAAGAAGUCAUCUGUGAAAUCAAGGCGACCAGGGGAGGAAAGCGAUGGUGACAACUUUAGGGAUUCCAGUAGUGAUGGAAGCAGCGAUUGUGAACUGGAUAGAGGAUUGAAAUUCUCAAGGGAGCAACAGAAUUAUCAUGUAACAAGUGAUGUUCCUCUUAGAAUUGAUGGGUUGUCUUUGACAGAUCAUCAAGAAGACUUUUCCAGUGAUGACAGCGAAUCUGGGAAUUCUAGAGGAUGUCCACUUUUUGAAUAUCUAGAACAUGACCCUCCUAAUGGCCGGGAACCUUUAGCUGACAAGAUAUCUGAUCUUGCCUUUCGGUUUCCUGAGCUGAAGACACUUAGAAGUUGUGAUUUACUACCUUAUAGUUGGGUUUCAGUGGCCUGGUAUCCAAUAUACAGAAUACCAACAGGCCCAACGUUAAGAGAUUUGGAUGCUUGUUUUCUGACAUUCCAUUCUCUUCACACACCCAUGAAAGGUGCUCAAAGUGAGAUGGAUGGGGUCACCGAGAUUUCCUUGCCUGUUUUCGGUCUUGCUUCAUAUAAAUUCAGAGGAUCCUUAUGGACCCCUAAUGGAGGGCGUGACUGCCAAUUGACAAACUCCCUUUUGCAGGCUGCUGACGAUCGGCUAAGGCUGCUUGAGGUCAAUCACCCAGAUUUCCUGUUUUUCUGCCGUAGAUGAAGUUAAGGGAUAGUUGCCUCUCAAAGAAUUCGUGCUCCUACCAUUCUGGAAGAGAAGCCCAACUCAUUUGCUGCCACAUGCUCGUCAGUCCACCUUAGAAAUAAAAUCCUGCAUCUAAUACCGAGAUCAAGAUGGCUAGUUGAGUUAGGGGUGUUUCUCUGAUUUGGUUUCCUGGUUACUUAUAAUAAGUUAUUUAAAAAGGAAAAAUCUGAAGAAAAAUAAAAUAAAAAGUUCAAAAAGCUAUGGAAGGGAAGGAAAAGAACCCUAAUAAGGCUCCAAGAAAAGAGACUGAAGCAAAUAUUUGCUGGAGAAGCUGCAGAAUGCCGUGCUAAGUCUGAGCAGUAGAUGGUAUGAUUUGCUCUGCGUUCAUGUGGUGUGUUCUUUUAGUAUACAUAUUUCUGGUUAUAUUAUGAGAAAACAGGCACUUUUUUCUGUCCUGAUGAUCAGUACGUAGGUUGUAAUAUUUUAUUUAAACAUUUUUAGGGGAUUUUGAUAGGGUGCAGGUAUCAAAUUUUAGCUUCCCCCAUGUAUGUAUCUGAAACUAACCAUUAUGCCUUCUUAAGUUUGUGUACUGGAUAACUGUAUUAUAGGAGUUGAUACGAGUGACUUGGUGUUUAGUAAAUGAAUAGUUCAGAUUGUUGGACUUCACCUGUUAUCAGACAUUUAAUUUGAUAA